AUGCCAAUGCGACUACCAGGGCUGAGCGCCGUGCGCGCUCCGUCAACACUCCUCCUUUCCUUCCUCCGACCAUUUUCGUCCACAGCCGCCGUCGCCCAGCCGCCGCGGGAGCCGCACCCUCAACCGCCAACCCGGUCAUCGACGCCAUCAUCAACGAGCCGACUCCAAUCCAUCAACAAAGACCGCAUGUCCGUCGGAGGCGGAGCCAAUGGGCGGAGCGCCGGCGCCAGCUCCAUGCACCGUAUCGGCCAGGCCUACAGGGACCGGGCGGCUGCCGGCCUCCUUGUGAAGCAGGAGCAGAUUGACUACCUCAAGAGUCGCAAGGUGUCGAACGACUACCUCAGGCAGAUGCCCCGUCGAUGGUUGCCUGGUGAUGUGUACUCGCCACACGAUCUGAGCCCGCGCGAGAUGGACAAGUGGCGUCGAAGAAACCGGCGUGAGGCUGAUGUUGUGGACAUUCUCGGUCUUCGCCCAUUAGACAUGUACAAGAACUUCUCUCUCAUCCAAGAAUUUACGACUAGCUCCGGACAGGUCAAACACUCCAAGGAGACUGCUCUGCGACCCGUCAACCAGCGCAAGGUUGCCAAGAUGAUUCGCAGAAUCCAAGGCAUGGGCCUCUACCCCACUAUCCACGACCACCCAGAACUCAUUCGCUCGGAUUUCUACCCUUCUGAGCAGCGCAGGGGUUAA